CCCGCACUCGGAUCACUCGAGAUUUCGGCGAAAGACAGGAACUCGCCCUUGCGGUAGACUUCUCUAUGGUCCUUCACCUAGGGGUUGCCAGACAAACCUUGAGCCGGCCUUGCCCAGGAUAAUUGUCUCGCUUUUGAGAGGAUGGCCCAUGUAUUUACACUGUGUCUAAGUUCUCUUAGGAAAAAGUCUGUCCAUAGAGUGGGGGUAUCGCAGCACACAAACACAAGCCGCAUCGUGUUACCGGAAGAAACCCCUCACAUAUACUUUAUCGUGCGAAGAGACAUGUACACCAUCAGUGCUGAUAGGUGCUGGCGCGAUGCCAAGUGCACUGGAUCACACAUGCCCGGCGCCAUCACCGGACUGCGUUGUUCCCAAAACGGAAAUCUCAUCCCGAAAAGGAAGGAGGCGAGUUCGUCGUGACGUCGCGUGUCAACAGGACAAAGAAACGGCCGUAUUCGGACGUUUCCUUGUCUGGGGGGGUUUAUCAACUGGAGUGGAGCGUCCCAGUCGUUAUUGUUCUCCCCGAAUUGGAAUCCAGUCGAGUCACUCAUCCCUCAGCCUCCAAGCCGUUCUCCUGCGAUACCAUCUAUCCAUCAGUCACUACACAUCAUCAGAGAUGCACUGCAAAUUCCUCGCCGCUCUUGUCCUGUCGAUUGUUGCCCUGACUGUCUCUGCGGCACCGAUAUCUGCGGACUCUGUUGACCUGAGUGCUGAGGCUCGCGGGUUUGCACCGAUCCAGCCCAAGUCGACGGUGGUCGAGGAGGAGCGCGGCCCGGUCGCACACAUCGAAAUACCUGAAGGCCUGCCAAGCUAUCAAACGUCCUCCACACAUCUCAUGUCAGACGCGCUCGUCCAGCCCCCUCCGCUUGACAUUCCACCCACCGUCCCCGCACACUCGUCCAUCGCAACGCACAACGACCUGUCAUUCAAUCUGAACAUCGACCGCGCGUGCCACUGGAUCGCUUUAUCUUUGCAGCCUGCGAGCGCGCAAUCGACUGCUGAGAGGUGGGCAGAGGGGAAGCGGCAAUACAAGGAUGAGGGCCAAUCAGAGAGCCGCAAAGUAGAGCAGAGCGCACAGGGGGGACAUGUGCGACAGAAGAAGGGUCGAUGCAGUUGA